AUGGAAGCUUUGAUUACCCAGUUCAGCUUUCUAUCCGAUCAGGCUCUCCAAGACAAGAACUUUGAUCCGGCCACCAUAGAAGAUCUGAUGAGGCUGUUUGAAUUGGAGUCUUACAAGGCAUGGGCAGCCAUGGAACUGGAGCAGGAGAAAGAAGUGGAGGAAGCAGAGCAUUACAUGGAGGAAACAGAGGAUUAUCUGGAUUCUGUGAUGGAGAGUGCCAUGGAAGAAUUCCGGCGUUUUGAAGAGGAAAUGAACAGGACUGCUCAAGCUGAAUAUGAUGGUUUGGUGAGUUUAGGUGAAGGUGCUAGAAAGAUGGGGAAAUCUAUGGAGAAAGCUGCCACAAUUGCUUCCAAGAAGUACAUUGAAGCUGCUGUUAAUUCGGCUACUGCUUCCAUGAAAUCUGCCCUCAGGGCCAUUUCUUCUAACUCUAAAAAGGUUCAUCCUUCUUAG